AUGCAAGGAGGAAAGAAAGUAGGAGAAUCCAUGAAGGAAACAGCUUCAAACAUUGGUGCUUCUGCCAAAGCUGGCUUGGAGAAGACCAAAGCCACUGUCCAAGAGAAGGCAGAAAGAAUGACAGCACGUGAUCCGUUGCAAAAGGAGAUGGCGACCGACAAGAAGGAAGCAAGGGUCACCCAGGCUGAGCUGGACAAGCAGGCGGCGCGUGAGCAUAACGCUGCCGCGAAGCAGUCGGCCACCGCGGGGCAUAUGGGACAGGGGCAUUACACCACCGGAACGGGGACCGGAACCGCCACGUACUCUACCACCGGGGGGCAUGGUCAUCUCCCCGGGGUUCACCAGACGUCGGCGAUGCCGGGUCAUGGAACUGGGCAGCCCACGGGCCAUGUGACCGAGGGAGUGGUGGGCUCGCACCCCAUUGGGACCAAUCGAGGACCGGGUGGGACUGCUACGGCCCAUAAUACUCGUGCAGGUGGAAACCCGAAUGAUUAUGAGUAUGGGAGUGGUGGUACUUACAGUUAA